GCGCAGCCAUGCAACCGCAGUACGGGCGGAACUACCCGCUCGCUGCUGCCCAAGCGGCACACCACGCUCCGCCCGCACGGCGAGGGCCCGGUACGUACCUUCCUGCGCCAGCACACGCACGCCCGCGCCCGCUCUGCGCCCACCAUGAUCAGAAAGGCUGACCUGGAGCACAUGUUCCGCAAACCAGCCCCCAUCGCGCACCCAGCACAGUACCCGCCGCAGCCGCCGCCGCACCACAACAAUGCCCAGAUGAUCCAGCAGCAGAGCGCCGAGCAGGCGAAGCGCGACCGCCUGCGUCGCAUGGCCAAGACGCCCACCAACAAGAACGUGCCCGAGGGUGUCGAGGACAUAUGCAUUGGCGACGGCGUCGCCCGCUACAAGGAGCUGCGCGACGUCGAGCGCACCCUCGACGCGACCAUGAUGCGCAAAAAGCUCGAGGCCUCCGACUCCGUUUACCACUCGCGCAGCGGACGCACCGGCACCAUGCGCAUCUGGAUCUCCAACACCGCCGAAAACCAGCCCUGGCAGAACAGCAGCAUGGACGCCGACGCCUUUGACUUCGAGAGCGACACGAAUGCGACGUAUCGCGUCAAGAUCCAGGGCCGCCUGCUUGACGAGAGCAGCGACGAGGGCCUGGAGGAGGACGACGACGAGAAGGAUCCGGAUGCGAUGGACGACGACGGCGCAGAGGGCGAGAAACAGGCAGACUCGGCGGACAAACCCAAGCCCUUCUCGCAGUUCUUUACAUCCGUGACCAUCGACUUCGACCGCGCCAGGAGCCUGCAGCCCGACAACUUCACGCAGAUCGAGUGGAAGCGGCCAGAGGGCGCCCAGCCGCAGGACAAUCCCUUCAGCCAGAUCGAGUUUGAGCGCAAGGGCGACGAAAACAUCAACAUCACUAUCAAUCUGCAGCGCCACCAAAACCCCGAGAUUUUCCGCCUGAGCAAGCCGAUGGCCGAGCUCUUGGACACCGACGAGGAGGAUCGCGCCGGCGUCCUGAUGGGCGUCUGGGAAUAUGCGCGCUCGCAGAACCUCCAGCAAGAUGACGACGAGCGCAAGUUUGCCUGUGACUCCAAGCUCAAGGCCCUCUUCAACGGCGCAGACUCAUUCUACUUCCCUAGCCUUCCGCAGCUCAUCAAGCCCCACCUCACCACCCUCCCUCCCGUGCAACUGCAGUACACCAUUCGUGUAGACAAGGAGUACCUCGCACCGUCUGCUGACUCCGGCAAGCAGCCCUCCGAGCCCACGAUUUACGACGUGCAGGUCGCCCUGGACGAUCCCCUCCAGCCACUCCUCCACAGCAUUCUCCGUUCCAAGCAGAGCACCGAGACGCUCCAGCAGAUCCACAACAUCGACGACCAGAUCGUGCUCCUCAUGAGCGCUCUCAGCAGAUCGAAGGCCAAGCACGCAUUCUGGACCAGCAUGGCUACGGAUCCUGUCGCAUUUGUCAAACGUUGGUUCUCAUCGCAGAAGCGGGACCUCGAAGUCAUCAUGGGCGAUGCUGCGCGCGGAGGCGGCGAGGAUGCCUCAGGCGAGGAAUGGAAGCGUGGGGGUGCAGAGAGCGUUUGGGGGACCGAGACCGCGAGGGAGAGCGUGGCGUUGUGGUUGGCACGCCAGAGCAUUCCAAAGGCGCAUUAGGAUGUUCCUCAGGGAGUAGCUUGAGCGCGGUGUGUUUGUGUACUAGUAUGGAUUGGAGUCUGGUGUUUGCAUUACAUUGCACAGGCCGAAGACAGGGCGUAUCGAGGUAUUUCGUGCAACUGAUACCAUUGUGCACGCAUUGAGCGGGCAGGAUUAGAGAAUGAUAUUUGAAAUCAUACUGCCAGCUGAACGUUGCCGUUGAAGGUGUUGGCGUCUCUGUUAUAGAGGUUGUCGGGUAGGGAUUGUGCACUGAGCAUUUCUUCUGGCCACACUGAAACUCGUG